UCCAAAACAAUAAUUUAUGUAUAGAAAAGUGAAAACAAACACCCGUGCGGUUGCACGGGUCAAAAUCUAGUUUACAUUUAAAAUAGUUAAUUUUGUUUUGUUGUGUAGACAACAGUAUCUGAUUAAAUCCACAACGUAGCUUAAUCCGGUAUUAUACGGAAGGUUCCUUAAUACACCGAACUGCAACUAGUUUGAAAUUAUAACCUAAAUGACCUGUUAUGUCUUCACGUCCGUACAAAAGAACACCCCAAGGUUCCUUCCUCGUACUUUCCUCAUCAUUCUCAGAUCUGCCUUCUCUCCAAUCUAUACAUUACAUAUAUAUUGAGCCUCCCUAAAAUUUCAGUAAACCCUAAUCAUAAACCUAUUUCCUUUGAUUUCCUCACUUUUUCUUGUGAAUCAAGCAAAAUACCCUUUCUAGGUUUCAAUCAAAUGGCGCAAAUGGACUUGGAAGGUUUGAGAGAGUUACAAGACUGCGCAAACUACCUCCUCGAUCACUGUCCAGAAGCAAGAGAGUCUCUGUGUCAAGAAGGCAAAGAGAAAUGGAUCGAGCAAGUCUCUGAAGCUUCAGUAACAAUGUUAGACGUCUGUAACGUGUCCAAAGAUGUCAUGGCGCUCGUGAGACAUAGCCUGAAAGAGCUUCAACUGACUCUACGCUGCAACGAAUCAAACAUGCACGUGAAGAUCGCAGCGUAUAACAGGCACAGGAACAAGCUCAAGAAGGAGACACUAAAGUGCUUGAACACUCUAAAGAGUAUCAAAGGAGGAGGAAGAGGGACGUUGGUGAUGCAGAGGAUAGAACAGAACCUUCUGUUCGUUGCGGAGGUUUUGAAAGAAGUGAGAAGAGCUAUUGUGACUAUGGUUGAGUCUCUGUUCUCGCUCGUGUGUAUUCCUUGGCUCGAGAGAAAACAGAGCAAAAGGUCAAUGUCUUCCGUAUUUACAAAGCGGUUUUGCUGUUUGGAUGAUGUGUGGGACGAAGUAGCGGUGCAGAGCGCGAGUACAAGGUUGGAGGCUGCACAGAUCGCUGUUGAGGAGCUUGAGAUUGAGUUGGGGUGUAUUUUCCGGCGGCUGAUACAGACCAGAGUUUCACUUCUUAAUAUUAUUACAGCUAAGAUGUCUCCUGUUUGAUUUUACUUCUGGUAGACAAAAGCUGUAUAUACCUGUAAGAAAUAGAAUGAUUAGAAAAUACCAAGGGACAUUAUCAUCUUAUAAAGUUGUGAACAUAAAUCAAUUCAGAAAGUAACAAACACAUUAUUGUAAGUGGAUGUUAGUGGAGCUGAAUUUGUAAUGAUUGUCGAAAAUAUUAAUUUUUUAUGAUUGUUGGUCUAUAGAUUUGAAUAAAUAUUG